AUGACAACAGAAGCUGCCAGCCAACGAGUUAUCAUAGCUGGGGGAAGCAUCUCUGGCCUGACUCUAGCACUUGCCUUGCAGUCGGCAGGAAUUGAUUUCUUGGUACUAGAACGUCGCGAAAUCGCCCCCCAACUGGGAGCAUCGACCGGAAUCCACCCGUUUGGACAUAACAUUUUGCACCAGCUCGGUGUCCAUCAGCAUAUCGCAAAACUUGGGAUACCACUGGUUGCGGGGAGAAGUUAUGAUGAUUACGGCAAUUUUAUCGAGAAGGACAUUUCAAUCCUUUCAAAGCAUACCACAAGAUAUGGCUUUCCAGUCAUCUUCAUUCAACGCUACGAGCUCAUUCAAACGAUAUAUGACAUGAUCAAAGACAAAUCCAAGAUCUUAACCAACAAGAAGGUGGUGCAAUAUGAAGAUGAUGGUACGAAAGUCGUAGUGAAAACCGAAGACGGAGCUUCCUACGAGGGCACCAUUCUCGUUGGAGCAGAUGGCAUACACAGUACCGUGAGGAAGCUUAUGCGGCAAGCUGCUGAUAACAAGAAAAGGGGUUCAGGUGCAUCCCUAGAGACUUCCGACGGAGGAAAGCCCGGAUUCAGUACAAAGUAUAAGUGUCUGUUUGGCAUCUCACGCACCAACGACACUGUAUGCACAAUGCCUCCUGGGUAUACCUACUGGUCAUACGGCAACAACUAUUCAACCACGGUGACCUACGGAGAGCCGGGGCUGAUCUUUUGGUUUCUUUGGACCCCAAUAGACAAGGUACAGAGUAUUAACUCGCCACGCUAUACAGAGAAGGAUGCAGAAGAUUUAGUAGAGGAGUUCAGGAACAAGAAGAUGUGUGGCGAAUUCUCGAUCGGAGACGCAUGGGAUGCACGUGUUCGUGCUAACCUCUUCGCUCAAGAAGAAGGUAUCCUCGACCAAUGGAGCUAUGGAAGAGCAGUACUCAUUGGCGACGCUAUUCAUAAGAUGAGUGCCAAUGCUGGUUUAGGUGCAAUGACUGCAUUCGAGGGAAUUGUACACCUUGUCGAUCAUCUACGUCCUGCUCUUAGUCCAGAACCAGGUCAAACCAAGUCGACACCAACAGAGGAGGAGUGCAACCAGAUCUUUGCAGCAUACAAGAGGGAUCAUAUGCCUCGUGCAAAAAUGCUUGUCGACACUUCAAAAUAUUGCAUCCGUUUCGAAGCACGCGCCAAUUGGUUCUAUAGCUUACUAGCGACGUACAUUAUGCCGAUGUUCAGCAAUAUCGGCCGACAAUUCCUGGCAGACAGGCUUUUCACUGGAUCACCAACAUUCAGUCAUUUACCAGUGGAUAUGACGAAACCUAUCAAUUGUACCAACAGCAGCUUGAAGUCUCGCGCGCCCAGGGUUAAAUGA